CAGCCGACGCACGUUCCUCUGACAAACACAAGCGGGUGUGCGCGCAGGCUGGUUAGAAGAGCAGAGGAUGGGGAAGCAGUUCGUUCAUCUUUUUUGUGUGUUUGUUUUUCCUUCCUUUUCGUCUCAUCUCGUCACACCUGCACAGAGAAGCCUGUUUCUUUGAGCUGUUUUUGUGUGCGUGUGUCUGGACAUCUCCGUGCGUCUCGGUCGUUUGGCACACUGUGCGUCCUUCACCCGCUGGAACCAUGUCAGACUCCGAGGACAUGACGGAGUUCGCCAGCAUCGUAGAGCGGAUCGAGAGGGGCGAGGUUCCCAUCAAGAACAUUGAGAGGGAGCUGAUCUGCCCCAUCUGUAAGGAGCUCUUCACCCACCCGCUGAUCCUGCCCUGCCAGCACAGCGUCUGCCACAAAUGUGUGCGGGAGCUGCUCAUGCUGAACCACGACGACUCCUUCGAUGCCGGUUCCGAGUGCUCCCUGCCCGGCAGCCCCAGGUCCAGGGUGCCGUCUCCCUCCAUGGAGAGGCUGGACAGGCUUGUGAGAUCAGCCACAGUGCGAAGGUCGUUUGGAAGUCGAGGUUCCAUCUCUUCUCCGGGCUGGCGAAGAGGUUCCGUCACUCCCCGGGUCACCACCAUCCCGUGCCCGGGCUGCCAGCAUGACAUCGACCUCGGCGAACGCGGCAUCAGCAUGCUGUUCCGCAACUUCACCCUGGAGAACAUCGUCGAACGCUACCGACAAGCUGCCCGCGCGGCCGUCGCAAUCAUGUGCAACAUCUGCAAACCUCCCAACCAGCAGGAGGCGACGAAGAGCUGCAUGGACUGCAAGGCUAGCUACUGUAACGAGUGCUUCAAGCUGCACCACCCCUGGGGCACUCCAAAAGCCCAGCAUGAGUAUGUGGGCCCCACCACGAAUUUUAGACCCAAGGUGCUCAUGUGCCCAGAGCACGAGAUGGAGAAGGUGAACAUGUACUGUGAAGUCUGUAAACGGCCAGUGUGUCACCUAUGCAAGCUGGGAGGAUCCCACGCCAACCACAAAGUCACUUCAAUGAGCAGUGCCUACAAGAUCCUCAAGGAGAAACUGGCCAAGAGUAUCCAUUACCUCAUCAGCAAAGAGGAUCAGGUCAGGACUCAGAUUACUGAGCUGGAGCUACUCAUCAGUCAGACGGAGGAAAAUGGUCAGCUGGCUGAGCGCCAGGCCAACGAGCACUUUGAGCGUCUGUUUGAGACUCUUCAAGAAAGAAGAUCCGAGAUGCUGCGAUCCAUUGAGCAGUCUCGUAACCGGCGAAUGGAACAGCUGAAGUCCCAGGUGGAGGAGUACCAGGGUAUGCUGGAGAACAGUGGGUUGGUCGGUUACGCGCAGGAGGUGUUGAAGGAGACCGAUCAGUCCUGCUUUGUACAAACUGCAAAGCAGCUGCAUGUCAGGAUCCAGAAAGCCACAGACUCCCUGAGGACGUUCCAUCCUGCAGCUGACACCUGCUUUGACGAGUUUGUACUGGACACAUCCAGAGAAGAAACGCUCCUCAAGGAGAUGUGCUUUGGUGGAGUUCCAGACCCCCCUCUGAUUGACUUGUCCCAAAGCAAAGUCUACAAUGAGGCCUCGAUCUGCUGGAGGCUGGCGGACGACCAUCUUCCUACAGAUCAGCAUGUGCUUGAGUAUCGCAGACUUGUAGGCCCGAGCCAGUCCCCGUCUAAGGAGGACGGAGAAGACGGCGGGCUCUGGAGGGCGACGGACAGAGUAUAUGGAAGCAACACUAUAGUGAAUGACCUGGAGCCUGACUCCCUGUACUCCUUCAGAGUUCGAAGCUGCAGGAACUCCAUGUUCAGUCCCUACAGCCCUGAAGUGGCCUUUCACACACCGCCUGCUCCUGUUUUUGGGUUCCUGUUGAGUGAUAAAUGUGGCUUCAGCGCCGAAAGGCUGGUUCUUAACAAAAGACGAGACACAGUCGAGAGUGUGGCAGGCGCAGCCUUUCUCCUCGCAGCUGAACGCGUGCAGACGGGUAGCUACAUCAGCCUAGACUACAUCAUUGGAGAUACGGGAAUUUCUCAAGGAAGGCACUAUUGGGCGUUUAAGGUGGAGCCGCACUCCUACAUGGUUAAGGUGGGAGUGGCUUCAGAUACAAAGAUCCUUGAAUGGUUCCACAAUCCAAGAGACACCAGCAGCCCAAGGUACGACCAUGACAGUGGACAUGACAGCGGCAGCGAGGACGCGUGUUACGAAGUCUCCCAACCCUUCAUCCUCCUCACACUUGGCAUGGGCAAACUCUUCAUCCCCAAGGCCUCUUCCUCCACCGCCAACCCACCGGCCAGCGAUCCCGGCAACCGCGUGCUCCCCAUGCCCCAGCGCCUGGGCAUAUGCUUGGAUUACGACUCCAGCCGAGUCUUCUUCUAUGACGCAGACACCAUGAGGUGCAUUUACGAGAGGCAGGUGGAUUGCUCGGGAACAAUGUUUCCAGCUUUUGGCCUCAUGGGCAGCGGAAAGGUUCAGCUGGAGGACUUCAUCACGGCGAAGAGACUGACUUUCUGAGAGAGGAGGGCGAUUGUUGGCACAACUGGACUGGACUUUCUUUCAUUUUUAGCUUGCUUUGUGAAAAUCUGAUUUUUACAGACAGGGUAAAGGUUAAACCAAACCGAUAUUUUAAGGAUGAUACGUGGCAGUUGGCAUCUAAACCUUUUUUUUUUCUUUUUUUUUAAAUAAUAAAAUGGCCUCAAAUCCACAGUACAGUAACACGUAUUGAUGUCAGAGCUCUUUAUAGGCUGGUUUCCGUAUAAAAGGCCUUCUUUACAUACCAAAGCCACUUCUGGUUUAUUGUUUUUGUACUUGUUUUAAUGCUUGGCUGGUUUCAGCUUUUCAACAUUAACUAGCUGUUCUUGAGGCAGUCACUUUAAAUGUUCUUUUUAACAUUAAACUACUUGGAUUUACAGUUUUUUUUUUUUGUUUUUUUUUAAGGAAUAUAAUUGUAGAAUAUUUUCUUUGCUUGGGUGUUUUCUCCUCGUCUAUACGUAGCAGCACAGGUUUAGGACGGUUUUGAUGGAUCUGAAAAAGCUAGCACCUUUAUGCCUUUUUUAGGAAGCAAAUCAGUGAGUUUGCUUUAGAAAGCAGAUGAUGGUAUUGUUGCACAAGUGUAAAGAUUUACUGUAGGGAUAGUUUGUUCACUGGUGUCAGGUGUUAAUAAUUGUGUUUUGACUUUUAUGACUGACUGGUUGGUUUGUUUUGCACAUUUUGUGAAAUGUGACACUACUUUUAAUGCUGGAAUUAUUGUAAUAAAUUCACAAGACUCACAUUCACCUCCAUUUUUAAAGCUGGAUCACGACACCCUUUCACUUCCUGUUUGCUCGCCACGCCUUUUCCACCUCACAAAUGUAUGUAAAAAGCUAAAACAUCUGACGGCUGCAACAACACUUGAAAGCCAAGGCGUUUUGGCUCUGGUGCUAGUGACCUGCUGCUUACUGAGUGGACUCACAGCCUUUGCCUUUUGCAUCUCAAAAGGAGAAAAAAAACGCCAGUCAGGUUCAAAAAGUGCUUUUGCAAACUGUCAAAACACCAAUGAGGUGCAAGCAGGUGUAGUGUUUUUGGCCUCAAGACUGUUAUGUUGGUAGAAAAUUAGCUUGGUUUGAAUCCGUUUAGUCUGAUGGGACACUGGACGUUAUCACUGGGGAAUUGCAUACAUGUACAGGAAAAAUGUGCCUGCACAUCAAUUUGUUUGUACGUUUCUAAGUUUUGAUUUCUGAAGGGUCAGGGCAAUCGGUUUACGUUUUCUCAGGCUCCUGGCUCUGAUUUUGGGCUACAUGCUACCUACCUCUGUCGGUCAGGCCUGGAAAACCUUAAACUACUGUACCGGUUCUGACAAACAGGUUUGAUUUAAAACAUACCAUCUCACUCCACUCUUUAAGUGUCAUUAAACUGAUAUUUCAAGUUUUUCUUUUUAUAGUUUAUGUACAUAUUAAUCCAGACUACUGAGUGAAAUAAAGUGACGUUCUUGUUUUCUUGUGGAUCAUAACUGAUGGAAAUUGCUGUAGGACAAUGUUACCCCAUUUAGCUGCAUUUUAUUAUUUUUAUUAAGGUUAUGUUAUUAAAGUAACUUGAUUUCCAUUUGUAUUGUUUGGCUUGAUGUGUUUCUUUUAUUAGACUAUAAAACAUUGUAUUCAACACUAAAAUCUAUUCAACUGUAAUGUUUAUGACCAGUUCUGCAAAUGUUUGUGUGCAGCUGUUACUGUAGUCCUCACAGAUAUGAAUUCUCUCUGAAAUCAAUUUUUUUUUUUUUUUUUUUUUUUUUUUUUUUGGUCCAACAUCUAUGCAUUUCACAGUCUACGGUCCAGUUUUGUUUGCACACAAUCAAUUGUUGAAAACAAGGAGCCCAGUUUGAAUUUUUCUCCCGCUUUGGAGGCCGUAAGCUUUUAUCUUGUAGCAUUUGGCUGGAUCUUAUAACCUGCAUAUAAAUCUGGAUGUUAAAUAAUCAACAGGCUAACUCUAAAUUUAAGCUAAACUAGCUCCUCAGUAAUUGUAGCAUGCUAGGCUCUGCAGGUGUGCAAUGUGUGCAAGAAAGUGGCUGUAGGACCGCAGAAACAACGUAUGCCUUUAAAGACAAUUUGCACUGUUAACACCUAGAAGGCUAUUUUAUAUUUUGCGCUUUUAAAUCUCUCCUUGUUGGGAGAGAAUCUUAACAAUCAUGAAUGCUUGAAAUGUUGGCCCGUGCUUUUGUCUCCAUGUGGUUUUGCUGAGGUCUCUGGUCUUGACUUCAUGUGAUGUGCACAGAACUGCAAAGAUGUGAAAAUGUGUUGGGAUGCUGAAAGAGGCCACUUUUUCUGCUUUGCUGUGUAGGGAUUUUAGGAAAUAAAUUUUUGGAAACUUUC